AUGGCGUCGGUAGACGGGUUUCAGGUCCCUUCGGACGAUGAUUACGACGCUCUAUACCAGAUAUUCAACCAGUAUUGCUGGUGCGUGCUCGACCUGAUCAUACUCCUCGGCACGGCGCGCGAAGUGGACGAGAUGGACAACAUCAAGUUCGUGCGAUUCUGUCGCGACCUGGGGAUCAUCGCGCACGCGGGAGGCGGCGCGGGACUGCACGUCACGGACGUCGACCUGCUCUUCGUCACCAUCAAGCCGCGCGGCCGCAAGAAGCUGACGUUCGACAACUUCUGCGACGCCGUCGCCGUCAUGGCCGACAAGCUGGGCGUCACCUCCACCGACCUCAUCCGCCAGGCCAUCGCUAUGGACCUGCCGCAGCCCGCGCUGACGUCCGCGACGCGCCACUCCAUGACGCUCUCCCACCACGUCUCCUCGUCGCUCCUCGCGUCGCACCAAACCCUCUCCUCCGCGCACUCGCGCCGCCUCUCCCUCCCUCACCCCGCCGCCGGGCACGCUGCUUCCGCGCACGCUGCGUCCGCGCACGCUGCGCCCGCCUCCCCCGCCGCCCUCGCGCCCCUCGCCGCCCACACGUCCUAUUCGCUCAGGGAGGGCCGGGGCGGACGACCCGCUGCUGGUGGCGCUAGUGGUUCCGCUGGGGGGUUCGGGGGAGGGGGGGGUGGCGCGGGGGACAUAGUGCCGCCUGGCGACGAGUUUCCCCCGAGGCUGAGGCUCAUCCGCACGAGGUCUCUAGAGGCGGAGGAGCACGCUCGCAGUGCUGCUGGCGGGUUCGGGGCGUCCCAUGCCACGGGCGCGCGGGCGGCAGGAGGACACGUGGCGGAAGGAGAGGCGUGCCGCCCAGAGCCGCUGAGCGAGCUGAGGUCAUCACUGUCGGAUCACAACUCGCAUGAAGGCAGGGCGAUGGGCGGGGCGGAGAAGGGCGGGAGGGGGACGGAGGGAGGGCAGCAGGCGGGGAGGGGUGCAGGCGAGCGGAAUGAGAACGCGCAAGGCGGGGAGCCUUUUGCGCAGAGGCAGGCAGUGGCGGGGGGACGGGAUUGGGAUGCGGUGGAGUGGCGCCAUGGGGGGGAGGAGGUGGCGGCGAGAGGGGGGUAUGCGCAGGGGAUGGCCGAUGAUGAUAAUGAUGGUGGCGACAGCAUUGGCGUGGGCUGGACGGAUGGCGCCAUGGGACGAGCGAUGGUGUCCGCUGUGGCAGCAGCAGCCGAGGAUUUGAGGCAGGGCCGCAGGGGACAGGCAGGAGGGGUAGUGGGAGGGGCGGCAGAGGGCGGAGCAAGCAGAGGCGCGCUGCAGUAUGAUGACGAGGGGGGCAGCAGCGCGGAUCGGCGGCUGACAAAUGAGGACCCGGCAGCGUCAGCAGCGGAGGGGGCGGUGGCGAGUCUCAUGUUCUUCGAUGCCUUCCGCUUCUUCUCCCUCCCCCACUUCGCCCGCCACCACUUCGUUCCGCUGGCGCAGUGUGGCAGGCAUCAGCUGCAGGGGCUGCCACCGCCGCGCAUGGACAGCAUUCGAUUCAUCAAGAUGUGCAAGGAGACCGCCAUCCUCGACGCCCGCUUCACCACCACUAGUGCGGACAUUAUUUUCAGCAAGGUGACGCGGGGCAGCGAGCGCAAGCUGUCCGUCUACACGCUCGCUGCCGCGCUGCGACUCAUUGAGGCAGAGAAGGGCCUCGCCCCGCCCGCUCUAGAGCGCAUCAUCAUCGCCCACUUCCUCGCCCACGUCCCCGAUGCUGCCCUCCCGCCGCCCGGCGCCAACCCCUCCUCCUCCUCCCCCUCGUCCUCCUCCCCUGUGGCUGCAUCCGACUGCAGCAGCCAGCAGCAGCAGCAGCGGCAGCAGCAGCAGGAGCAGCGGCAGCGGCACCAGCUGGAGUGGAUGCAGCAGAGUGCUGAGCGCCAGUACCCCCCUGCUGCUGGCUGCUGGGCUGCUGCACCCUCUCCUGCACCCACAUCCGUGCCCUCGCCUUCCCCCGCUCGCUCCAGUGGGUCUAGCCAGCGCUCAGGGCAGGGCAUGUAUGCCCGCCUGCUGCAGCUUCACCAGCAGGGGUUUGUGCAUGAGGUUGGGGGUGAGGUUGGGCAUGGUUACGGUGGGUGUGAAGUGGUGGGAGGCGGUGAGGGCCAGGGACGGUGUGGGCGGUGGCAGUCGCCCCAGCCCCAGCGGCGGCACUCGAUGUGCGCGAUGAAUGCUUGCUAUGAGCUGCCCCACCACCGCCCGCACAGUACAGCCAUGAGGGAUGAGAGAAGAGAGGAGCGGAGGGAGGAGAGGAGGGAGGAGGGUGGUGUAGUGUACAAUGGGGCAGGGUGGGAGGGGGAAGUGGAGCAGCAGGGCAGUGGGGCGGGGGUCAUGGUGGGAGAGGUGGGGGGCGGGAGGAGGAACAGGCUGGUGGCGGGAGGCAGUCUGGCAUGCCCCACCUUGUCCUACCACUAA